AACAGUCAACCUACAGUAGCGAUUUGCCCAAGGAGGUACCAACUUCGUCCUGCCUGCCGCUUUUUCCAAAGAGAAAGCGCAAAAGACAAUUAUCCUCUCGACUACAGUGCAUCUUCGUCCAAUCAUGGCGGCCAAACAAUUGAGGCCAGUUGACUUUGUGAACGCAGUUUUGCGCUCCUUCAUGAAAGAGUCAGGCUUGGAACCCAGACUACUCGGCGCUAGCAGUUUCCGUAUCAAAGAUGCGCAGAAGGGAAGAGUCGACUUUGAACUGGAUAUCCAGAAAGACCAUACGAACCGGAUGAAGGCGAUCCACGGCGGCACACUUGCCAGCAUGGUUGAUCUGGGUGGCUCCUUGGCAGUCGCUUCCAUGGGCCUGUACUCAACAGGUGUCUCGACAGAUCUCAACGUCACUUAUCUCAGCAGCGGUGGCGUUGCUGGUGACAAGCUUACUGGUACAGCCACUUGUGACAAGAUCGGAAAGACACUAGCAUACACCACCGUCACGUUUAACAACGCCAAAGGAGAACUCGCUGCGCGAGGAAGCCAUACCAAGUUUGUUGCAAAGGCAUGGCCUACAAAGCAAGGACUUUUCGAGCUCCCCGAAGGUGUUUCGGAGCCCUCUGGGGAUAAUAAAUGAGUGGGUUGGAAGACACUGACGUGAAGUAACAUAUCACCGAAUGGGAAGAUGCCCCAGAAUAGAUAUAUACACAGGUUCAUGCACAAAUGCAGCGGUCUUCUACUCAAUUAGACUCAUUACCAUACCAUUCUAAACGAGAAAGCGAUUCAGUUAUGCAAAGCAACAUGAUUGAAACCAAACCCCUGAAAGCAUUAUCCAAUAUUAC